CUGUACCAGGCUAAAAAUAGGAGGGCAGACGUGUUUGAAGUUGUGGUAAUAUGGAUAAGGAAUAUAAUUUCCAGAUCCUAUUACCAAACGGCACAAGUGUCCGUUUGAAACUGCGGAUUCCUGAGGUCAAAAUGCCAUUGCGAGAUUUCAUUAAAAGGGUGGAAGAGGAAUACAUCCACACUCUGAAACAAUCAGGCUCACUGGAGCGGAAACAUGAGAUUAACUGGAAAGGUGGUGGCUUUCUUCUUGUAGAUGCUGAUGAUAUGGAGAUACAGAAUGUAGUGAAUUUCAUGAACUUCAACCCACAAGAGUGUCACAUUCUAAGGCUUCAAGAUGGUCUGCGGGAGAGCGCUACUACUUUUGAGAACAUGUGGGAUCUGACACCUGAUACUGAUAUACUAAAGGAACUACCGCAUGAGUAUACAUUUUUAACUGCUCUGGCAGAUAUGAUUGAUAAUUCUCUGCAAGCCAUAUGCUCAAAUGAAAGGAGAGAUAUUAAAUAUAUAAGUGUGGAUGUUGACGAGGAUAUGAUCUCAAUUUUUGACACUGGUCCAGGGAUGGAUGGAAGUGAUGAAAACUCUAUAGUGAAGUGGGGAAAGGUGGGUGCUUCACUUCACAGAUUUAAUAAGGAACAGGCAAUAGGGGGUAAACCUCCAUACUUAAAGCCAUUUUUUGGAUUGUUUGGAUAUGGUGGACCUAUAGCCUCCAUGAAGUUGGGAAGGCGUGCGUUAGUUUCUUCUAAGACAAAGGAUUCAAAUAAAGUUUAUACCUUGAAUCUUGAUAGAGAUGCUUUACUCAGUGGGUCUAAUUGGAAGACUGGUGGUAACAUGAGGGAUCCUGAAGAAGAUGAGAUAAGCAGGACACCGCACGGAAGCUUUACUAAGGUUGAAAUCUCUGAACCUAAAUUAAAACUGGACACAUCUCAACUCCAGUGCAAGCUGAAGGAUAUAUAUUUCCCAUAUAUUCAGUAUGAUGAAGAUAUAAAAUCAGGGAAGACCAUAAUGCCAGUCAAGUUUGAGGUCAAUGGUGUUGAUUUGGCUGAGAUUCAGGGUGGCGAGAUUGCAAUUACCAACUUGCAUUCCUGCAAUGGUCCUGAUUUUGUUUUUCAGCUUCAGUUCUCCUGUAAGCAAGAUAAUAUGAGUAAAUGUAAAUCAUUUGAUUUAAAGACAUAUGCCAAAGCUAAUGCUCGCCUGAAGUGCGUUUAUUUCCCUAUUGUCAAGGGAAAAGAGAACAUUGACAGAAUUUUGGAGGGGUUAGAGUCUGAGAAAUGCGGGACCAGUGAAAAUUUUGAGACCUUUAGUCGUGUGUCUAUUCGGAGGCUUGGCCGCCUGCUUCCUGAUGCUCGAUGGGGUUUGCUUCCUUUCAUGGAUCUCAAGAAAAAGAGAGGAGAUAUGGCACAAUUGUUGAAAAGAUGUUGCAUGAGAGUUAAAUGCUUUAUAGAGACUGAUGGUGGUUUCAAUCCAACAUCAUCGAAGACUGAUCUAGCACACCACAGUCCUUUGACAACUGCAUUGAGGAAUUUCAGCGAUGAGCCUCUUGAGAACGAGAAUGACAUCAAAGUUCAAAUUUAUAAAGAAGGAAAACUGCUAAAUCCUUCUCAACUAAAGAAGGACUAUGAGGAUUGGAUAGUUCAGAUGCAUAGUCAAUAUGAUGAUGAUGAUGAAGCUGACUGUGGUGAAGCCCAACCUGUCUUUGUUGUAAGUCCUGAAAACAAAAAGGAACUUCGUAUAUCAUCUGAAGUUGCAAGGGUCCAUAAAUCUGUAACAAGGAAUGGAAGGACCUGGAAGUGUGGUCAGAGAAUUAAACUUCUUAAGGGAGCAUGUGCUGGGGUUCAGAAGAACAAUGUUUAUGCGACAAUUGAAUACUUUUUGCUUGAAGGUCUCCAAGGUGAAUCUGGUGGUGAGGCUGAAAUUUUAUGCAGGCCUUCAAGUCUGUCCGAUGAAAAGGGGUGCAUCCUUUCAGUCAAUGAGGGAGAUACUAAUUUGGAUAUGGGAGAAUCCUUGUCUGUACCAUUCAGUGUGGUUGACGCCGGAAAGUGCAUAGCUGUUGAAAGAACUGAGUGGGAAAACCAUAUAGAGAGACGACGGCAGAAAUCUCCUUCUUCAAUUGAACUUCUUGAUGCAGAACAAUGCCAAGAGUUGGAGGUUGAUGGGUUAUUUCAAAAAGGAACUACGGCUGGGGUCCUUAAAUAUAAUGAGGGAAUUGUCGGCUUUAUCGACUCUCGCGGUACAGUCCGUUUUGAAAACAAGAAGGAGUAUAUUGAGGAUUCCCGAGUGAAAUUUCGAACAAUUUCCACUCUAUCAAACUUAUUUUUUAUGGGGGUGGGGGAUGCAAGAAAAUGGGAACAUCUGGCCAAAGUUGUAAAAUUUGAAGUUAGGGCUUUAGAAGAAAAUUCUAAAAAUGUUGUGAGCGCCGAGACGGCGUCAAUGUUUGCUCAAAACUCUCUUAAUAUGUUUCGCAAGAUAAACCCCGAAAAUCGGUCGGAAUUCGGAGGGUUCAUAGUUGGUUCGCUACCAAGCAAGGAGUAUCAAGCCUAUGUGUUUUUUUUUGUGCGAAACAACGCUAUGGCCUCUUCAAAGUCUUAACACCAAGGUCCCGCGUUUGUUGGUUGGUUCAGGCGCAGAUUAUGCAAAUGAUAUGCUAAAUCAGUUGGGUGCUAAUCUCGAAAUGUCUGAAAAUAUGGCCAAGACAACUAUUGCAACCUCAAUGCUUUAUGCAUCAUUUAAUAAAUCUUGCACAGGUGGCCCUACACACGUAUUUUUGUUUCGUCAUGGAGAGAAUAUGAAUAUCGAUGCAUGCCACGAUUCAUUGGAGCCAUGCACAGUUCAUUUGGAGAACGGUGGAUUUUACUCUGAGAGGAUACUCUUGGUACUUAUUGAGAAACUGCAUGCAGGACCAUACACUGAAUUUGAGCAGCAUCUGUCUUCUUGCCCAGGGGUAUUGUGCGCUGCUCGGGUGGUUGAGAAGAAAAAAUAUAAUUACUACCGUGUGUUUUAUGAUACGAGUCAAUCGGCAUCAUCGGCUUUCGACACGAUGAUAAAGAAGCUUACUCCUCAGUCGGAUACGGAUCUCGAUCCAAUGUUCGAGAGAGUUAUGUUUGAUAUGGGCGGAAGGAUUAUUCCUAUGCAUGUGGGAAAAUGCAGCCAAAAGCUUUUGGAAUUCAUGUCAAGAUAUAUAUGAAUAGGAGGCAGAGAACCGAAAUAGUUGUGCUUGUGAAAAAAUGCGCAAACUGUUAUUGGAAUUCUAAUUGUCAAAACUUAUGUGAUAUUACUUUUUAUAUUAUUUGAUAAUCAAAAACAAUUACUCCAAUUAAACAAAGAUUGUAGAAGUGCCUUAAUAUCUAAUAUGAGCUCCUUUUUGUAAGAUUUAAACACUUAAGUGAAGGACCUGUCACAAAGGCUGGAAGCUUUAGUUCUUGUACAAACUGUA